UCAAUAAGAUCUCUAGGGUUCUCAAGCAUCUUUCACCCAUUCAACUCAACCCAAACUUCUCUUAACAUCUGUCCAACAUGGCUCCGAUCAAUGCUCAAUUGCGUCAUCCUGCUGUGUUCAACAACAAAGGGUUUUGCAAUGCUGAUGUCUACUCGAGAUAUCUUCGACGAUUUCGCGAUCGUCCCAUCUAUCCCUCACUUUCCCUCCAUCCUGCUGCUUUCUCAAAGUAUGACAUGAACAUUCCUGCUCUUCUUCACGGUCUUGGGUGGCAAUCACUGGUGGAAAAUAUGCGGUUCAGUUACUGUCCAGAAGCUGUUCGUUUAUUCUAUGUAAACAUUCAGCGUGGCCCUGGUGCUGAUCCUGCCUUUUUCACAACAACGGUGUUCAACUUCGAGAUCAAGUGGCGUAUUAAUACUGGUCUCUGUGCUGGCACUGAUAGUGAAUUUGGAGCAUUAGGGUUUGACUUUAUGGUUGCCCUUGGAUCCCUCACCCAUGACAUAGGUCAAUUCUUCCCUUCUCAUCUUGCUGCUGGUCGGCUGCCUAAUGACCUCAAAGUUCUUCACUUCUUCCUUACCAGGAGUUUUCUUCCUCGUGAUCUAUCUACCACAAAUCUUCUUCAUCCCUCCGAUCUGUGGGUCUUGUCUCAUGCUGGAGCUGGCACUCCUAUUAGCUAUGCUUCUCUCAUGUUUCAUCACAUGCUCAAGUAUGGAAUGGAAUUUUUUGGAGGUCCUCUGCCCUUUGGCCCCCAAAUCACCAUACUCCUCUCCUUUUUACGCAUCGAUAUGCGUGAUAAACUUCAUCAAUGCAAAGUCCUAGAUGACUUGCGUCCUCAGCAUGUUCUUGCGAAGAUAGAUGCACUUGUUGGGCCCCGUAAGCCUCUCACUGGCUUAGGGGGAGUCAAACCAGGUCUUGCAACUUCUUCUGGUCUCAAACCAGGUCCUGCAACUUCUUUUGGUCCUGCAUCUUAUUCAUAUGGGAGACUAGUUGGUGCACUUGUUGAUGUUGUCGUUACUGUAAUCAAACGUGAGUCAUCAAGUGAAAUGGAGCAGUCUGUCACCUUGAAGAAACUUAGGCAGGAGGAUCUGAUGUGUCCUAAGUUUGUCUAUGAGUCUGGAUCAAUUAAUGAUCCAAUUAGCUCUGAUUCAGUUUCAGAAUUCAAUGAGGCGGCUAGUGAUGAAGAUAGUGUUUCGGAAUAUGAGUCUCCACCAAAGUAUCCUUUCUAGGGAGAUACAAUGCGGGGGGAGCGUCUUAUGUUCUUUUCGAAAUUAUUAGUGAAUGGUUAAGAAAGGAUUUUGUAGGGGUCUCUGAUUGUAGUAUGGAAAUGUUCCAAUGAAUAAAGAUGUUAAGG